AUGCGCCGGCCCGAAGGCGAGCCGCCGCUCGGCGAGCGUCCGUUUUUUCCCUCCCUCACCCAACAGCGCGCCUUUAACCGGCGCGGCGGCCGUCCAAUGGGCGCGCCGGUCGCGCGCGCGGCGGCCAAUGAGCGUCGGCGGGCGGGCGGGCGGCGGGGUGGGCGUGGCCGGUGCCGGAGCCCGCCUCCCUCUGCUGCUGCUGCUGCUUCUGCCGACUGAGGGAGCGGAGCGGCUCGUCGCGCGGCCGGAGGGACCCUCAGCUUCGUCGGCCCGCCGCCUCGCCUCGCCUCGCCGCCCUCCUUCCCCGCUUCGUCGGAGCGGCAGCGACGUCGUCAGGUGAGGCCGAAGCCGCCGCCGCCGCUGAGGGAAGAGGCGGUUGGUGGGAGGAGGAGGAGGCCGCGGCGACAGUGAGAGCGGGCCAGGCUCGCCUUGCGGCCUGCGCGGCCGGUGACGCAGGAGGGGGCGGGGCCUGCGCCGAGGGGGCGGGGCCCGAAGCGCCCCCCCCUCUUUCUCUCCCACCCCCCUCCCAAAAAAAGAGAGAAAGAAAAGCACGCACGAGGGAGGGGAGGGGAGCGCCGAGUCUUUUGUUAGGGCGGGGAAGGGAGGCAGGGCGGCCGUCCAGGCUGGUCGCAGCGGUGGAUGAUCAUAUUAUUAAUAUUAUCAUUAUCUUUAUCAUCACCACCAGCAUAUUAUUAUUAUCAUCAUCAUCGUCAUAUUAUGAUCACAGCGGUGGAUGGUCAUAUUAUCAUCAUCAUCAGCAUAUUAUUAUCAUAUUGUGAUCACAGUGGUGGAUGGUCAUAUUAUUAUCAUCAUAUUAUUAUUAUUGAAAUUAUAAUUAUUGGUUGCUAUUGUUGUCUUUAGGCUUCUGCCUUUUUGGAAGGCGGGCCAGCCUCGCUGCUUUUACAAGUGGGGGUGGGGUGCAGAGAGAUCGGAGUCGGAACCCUUCACAUUAAAACCCCUCCCCCCACCCACCACCAAUGGCAAAUCCAGGUUUAUUAUCAAAAUUUGCACGGAAGAAAUCAAAAGUUGCGUUUCCGGCUGAAUUUGGGGGUGUGUGCAGGGUGUGUUGCGAUUGAAGUCAUUCACACACACCCCACACACACCAGUCAGGUUUAUUAUCAAAAUUUGCAGCGAGCAAAAUCAAAGUUGAGUUUUCAGCUGGAUUCUUUUUGCGGGGGCGGGGGGGGCGGGUUGGGGUGGAACCCGCUUGAAGCUUCCGUUGUGUUGGAGAUGUUUCAAUGGCUUUCGUUUGAUUUGCUCCUUACAAACAGCUGGAAGUCUGUAAAUUUUGAUAAUAAGCCUGAUUUGCAAUUUUGCGGUGGGGGUGUUGGAUAAUUUUGUAGGCAGCUUGCUCCCUCGCAGGGAAAGAAUUUGAGCACGGUGCAAGCCAAUUGCAAUAGCAGCAGUGGGGUUUCGUCCCAGCUGCUUGGAGCAGACCUAUUGGAAUAAUGCACGAGAGGAAGUUUAAUCUACCCUGAGUAAGAAUAUCAUUUGGCACAACCCAAAGGCUUGGCCUUUUUGAGGCCUUGCUGUGUACACAUGCACAGGGGAGCAUUGCAGGUGCUCACACACAUUAUUGACAGACAACAGCUUUGCAAGGUUCAGCUCAGACACUGAGGUCCAGGUCCAGGGGCUUUCUGGCGGUUCCCUCACUGUGAGAAGCCAAGUUACAGGGAACUAGGCAGAGGGCCUUCUUGGUGGUGGCACCCGUUCUGUGGAACGCCAUCCCAUCAGAUGUCAAGGCAAUAAGCAAUUAUCUUUUAAAAGACAUCUGAAGGCAGCCCUGUUUAGGGAUGUUUUUAACAUUUAAUGCUGUAUUGUGUUUUUAAUAUUCAGUUGGAAGCCACCCAGAGUGGCUGGGGAAACCCAGCCAGAUGGGUGGGGUAUAAAUAAUAAACUGUUACUUGUACUGUAUUAAAUCUAAGAAAACAUUCCUUAAGAUGAGGGAAAUAAAGGGGAAAUGGUAAGCUUUGUUCAAAGCGCAUCUCAGUAAUCUUUACAGGGCCCUAUGAGGUAGGUCAGUAUUCGUAUUGCUAAGCUAAAAAUGUGCUUAAUUCUAAGCCACCCAACUAAAAACAAUAGUAUGUAGCAUUUAUGUUGGGUUUUGGAGUGCUCAAAACUGCUUCCUGGUGAUCCUUCAGUUUUAAAUGACUGUAUUUUAUGUUGUUUUACUAUGCAAGCCAGUUUGGGAGGAAGAAUAUGAAUAUAUACCGGUAUAUAUGUGUGUGAGUGUGUGUGUAUAUAUGUAUGUAUAUAUGUAUGUAUAUAUAUGUGUGUGUGUGUGUGUAUAUAUAUGUGUGUAUGUAUAUAUAUAUAUAUAUAUAUAUAUAUACACACACACACCGUAUUUUUCGCUCUAUAACACGCACCCGACCAUAACAUGCACGUAGUUUUUAGAGGAGGAAAACCCGUAGGCAUGCCACCUGUAGGCAUUCCCUCCAUAACACGCACAGACAUUUCCCCUUACUUUCUAGGAGGAAAAAAGUGAGUGUUAUGGUGCAAAAAAUACGGUAUAUAUAUAUAAACAACUACAGCAGUCAUUUGAAACAGACGUUUAGAGCAUUGCACUGUUUAGCAAUACACUCCUGUCUCUCAUUUUAUCCUCACGGCAGUCCUGUAAGUUGGGUUACGCCAAGACAGGAUAGUUAAUCUAGUCCCCUCUAGGUUUUGUUGGUCUACAACUCCCAGGUGCUCCGGCAGCCAGCAGGGUCAGUGGUCAGGGUUCAUGGCAGUUUGAGUCAAAGCAACAUCAAGGGGUCACUGCAUUGCUUCUCCUCGGCUGAGAGAAAGUAACUGAUUUGCUGCUUCCUCUUUGGGCUGUAUGAAUAUAAUUGAAGGAAACACGAUGGAACUGACAAAUAUAGUUAAAGUUGAGGAAGGGUACCACAGGAUUAAUAUAUUUAUUCAAAUAAUCAGUCUGUUUUGCGUAUACAGGAAUUUAAAUGCCCUAAAAUACAUUGGUAUUUCCAUUUUGAGAUGAGGGGAAGAAGCAGGAAUACCAAAGCAGCAGAUUCAGAAUUAGUGAGCGGCAGAAUUUCAAGUUUCUAAUGUGGAGUGGUUUCCUUCACUGAAAGGCUUCUUCUGUUUAAUCACACAUUUUGUCCAUCAUCAGCUCCAGUGAGUUCCACUUCCUCUUUCUCACCCUUGAGCAUGAAACGAGCUUUUGUACACUGGGAGAUUUAUGUGAAUUAGCCCUGGUUCCGAAGUGUGCGUGUGCAUUGGUACUGAAUGGAGAAGGAAAUGACGACUCCAAAAGUGAUGCCUCAGACUGACAGGUUCACCUGGAAAUCAUUAUUGCCAGGAAGUUCUUGUUUUAAAUCUCAAUUUGUUUGCUCUUACCGGGUACGCAAGGCUUGAACAAGCUGAGACGGCCUGACCUCUUUUCUUCCUUGUUUCCUUGCAGAGGAUCAGAGUAUGCUAUUAGACAAGGACUGUCAAGACUGGUUCCUUUGGAGCUUGUGCGGGGGGGGGGGGGGGGCUAAUUUAAGCGCUUUGCCAAGAGAAGCAACCAAAACGGAGAAGGUCCCUAAGAGUAUGAGAAACAACAGACAAUGGCAUGGGAAACAAACAAACAAAAACCCUAGUGAGAGGCAAAAUCACAGGAGAUCUCAUCGUUAUAAAUUGAUGGGUUUGGAGAAAUGUUUGUUACACAACAGUGGCUACUGCCUAUGUAUGUUCAUUGUCCUUUUCUAUAUUACAGUAUUUGGGGUUUGGGGGCUUCUGUGAUUUUGCCAAAAGGAGCUACAUAGAGAUGUGAUGGUCCUGCUUCAGAUUGUGAAGUUGGCUCAGGAAUAUUGUAGGCUGAACUAAGAUUCUCUCCUCCAAACCUUCUCUGCUGUGGGAGAUGCAUUCUAGCCCACCUGACUCAUCUGGGAACUUGGGGUGCUGCUGACCAGCUAAAAAGAAAAGCGGUGGUGAGGCAUACUCUGGCAACUCUCUGCUCCCCACUUUACUGCUUAAAGGCCUUGUCCCAUCACAAGGCAAGUGUAGGAUUGGAACCUUGGCUUUAAGAGAGACUUCCAGGGCAAAAACGGCUGGGGGUGAUUAAUUGCCUCUCCUGGAGGCCACUUUUCUGUGGAAAUUGCAUGCCUCACACAUGGUGGAGCAUCCCUCUCCCCCCCCAAUUGCUCUCCUUGAGCUGGAAAUGAGAUUGAGCAGGUAGGAAGCAUUUAGGCAGAACUGCUGCCUCAAUGCAGGACAGCUCUGUGAGAGCUCCCAGGCCUGGUAACGCAAAGAAGGGAGAAGGUAAUGUGAAACCCAGCAUAGAGCUGGUGCAGGUGCCAUGGUUAAUCGUGGUGGGCAGAAGACUGGGGAACUAAACAAUCCCUCUGACCUUUCUCCCAGGCAAAUUGCUGCCCCCCCUUCUGCAACUUCCCCUUCAUUUGGUGCUAUGGCUACUACCAGCUUUGGUGAAGAAAACUCCUAAAUCCUUGCACAUUUGCAUACAGAAACCACCAUGUUGCUGCUGCUGCUGCUGUUUGCGGCAUCCGUCUGUCUUGAGAGACAAUGGAGUGCGCCUGGGGGUUUGAAGUCAACUCACAGCGUUAGCAACACUGGGCAGUGUGUGUGUGGAGGUCCUGGACUGCCCAGAUGACAAGACCCCCCUCCUGGCCUCAUUGAUGGCGUCCGAAGGAAAGCAGAGCAAUGUGUUUGGGAGUAGCUUGGCUGCAGGAGUUGCCAGGAGGCGGCACGCAAGAAGAUAUCCAACCUUCUUAAGGGUCUCUACUCCAGAUUUGUGUCUGGUUUACUCCUUAGCCUUUUCUUCCAAUAAUAUCCUGCAAGGCUGCGAAGGGUUAGGAUCAAAAGUUUUCUUCUCCUAGAUGGGCUCGCUUUCUACGUUGACAAGCCCAAGAAACCACCUUCUUUUUAAUAUUUUAAUGUCUCUCAUCCAGGGCCCCCCAUCAACGCCCCCAUGAAUAUUUCUGGAGGACCCUAAUCAAGGCCGAUGCUGUUAUUUCCCCGCCACCGCUUCUGCCGCCUGGCAGGCCUGUUGGCAGCCUGGCAGCCCCAGAUUAUUUGUAUUCACUGUGACUCAUCGCCAUACUUUGGAUUGUCCUGAAUACCACCAUUUGGCAGCCAAGCCUUCAACCAAAAGUCCUGCUUGGAUUCAACUUGGCUCACCUCCUGAGGAAGGCUGUGUGGUGAUCGAUGAUAUCGUCAUUUAUCCGUUUUAGACAACCAUAGUGGUGGCAGUGGCCCUAGUGGCUUGUGGCAAGGUUGCAGCGCAGUCAGAUGUGCAGUACACAGGUCUGUGCUCAGCUCUGCACUUUGCUUGAUGUGAUGAUUGAGGGCGGUACGCGAGUCAGCCGCCUCGAUGGAGAUGUUAGGGGCCAACACGGCGCCCAGAAAUCUCCGCUUUGUUGCAAUUGGACCCGCAUUAAUAGCAUAACAUGCCCGGCCUGGGGAAUUUCAAACACUGGGUCAGUCGCAUGCUUCUCCUCCUCCCGGUUGUCUUUUCUUUCUUUUUAACCACAUGAACCUGCAGAGCUGAACAAUUUGUAUUUUUUCUCCCUUUUGGCAGAUUUCUUUUCUAAUUAAAAUGUCUAAUGGUUAUGAAGAUCACAUGGCUGAAGACUGCAGGGACGAUAUCGGGAGGACAAACUUAAUUGUGAACUACCUUCCUCAGAACAUGACCCAGGAUGAAUUACGGAGCCUGUUUUGCAGCAUUGGGGAAGUUGAAUCUGCCAAGCUUAUUCGAGACAAAGUGGCAGGUAAAAACAACAUUUAGCCUGUCCUGAAAUACAGGACACCCUCUGCCCCCCACUUACUCAUAUCGCACUUGUGCUUGACCACAUUUAUGCGGGUCGCUGUGAAAUAAAUAAACAGAUUGGACUUACCUUCUCGGGGCUGUGAGUGAGGGAAGGGGCCAUGGCACGUUUGAAGCCCGCAAGCCUUGAAAUUGCUGGAGGGGAGGAGACUGCAGGGGGCCCCUCCCGGCGCCUUGGCUUGGCUUCCGACCGCCUGCUUGUCUGCCUUCUGGCUGGGGCAGCACAGACGCUCUUGCCCAUCCAUGGCAACACUGGAGGUGGGGAGAGGACGUACUGUAGUGGCAGCUGCUUUCGGCUGCCCUCCUCGCCCUUUCGCCCUGCUUGCAACCGGAUGCCACGGCCUGGGCGGCUCAGCAGCCUCAGGGUGGAGCCUUUGUGCACUUGGAGCGGCCCAAUAUCCCGCUUGGGAAUGAGGUGCCCGCUCUGCCUCUCCUGGACCUGGUUUGGGCAGAGGGGAGGGGACGAGAAGGUCAACCUGCCUAGCCCAGCCUCAUCCCCCUGAUGAUCGCCUGGUCCACCUCACUCCCUGCUACUGCCUCUCUGCAUCCUGGGGGAGAGUUGCCAGCUUCCAAGCCUCCCUACUCCAAAGGCUGUGCGCACUGUCUCUCCCCUUCCUUCCUUCCUGCACGCCCUCCCUGUUAAAGUGGGGUGCUCCCUACCGUAUGCGAUUUCACUUGUGCACGCUGGGGCCUGGAACGUAAUCCCCACGUAAGUGGUCCUCAUUUUCUGAAACUCCCAUAGUGCAGUUUUUUACGUGGCUUUUUUGCCAUUCAUAUGCAAAAUAAACCAGGUCCCUAAUUAGUCCAGAUAAGGAGUGCUUCGUUUUAACCAGUGUUGAAGCAAAGUGGUUCUCCUCUGCCACCUCCCCGCUUACUAUGUUUAAUUAAUUAACCUUCGUCCCUGUAGGUCACAGCUUGGGUUACGGCUUUGUGAACUACGUCACGGCGAAAGAUGCCGAAAGAGCCAUAAACACGCUGAAUGGCCUGCGACUCCAGUCCAAAACUAUCAAGGUAAAAGUGACUCAACUGUGGCUAGCAGGAGUCAGUCUUCAUCUAGAAUUUUUGCUUAUUUUUGACUGUCCAACCCUUUCCUCUCCCCCCCCCCACCCUCCGCCCCCUACAAUGGUCAUGAAUGUAUAUUUUUAAAAUGUUUUAUGUUACAUUAUUGUUUCAUUAGCCUUGAACUCAAUGGACAGGGAGGCAGUGUAUACAUGUUCAAUAAAAAUGUGCAAACCUGAAUUCUAGCAGAGCAGAUUUAUUAGUCAGUUGCAGGAGAAACAGCCAAUAAUUGUGUGACAUUUAAAAGUGGACACAUUUAUUAAACCUACUUAAUCAUACACGAUGUGAACAAUGAAGAGAGAGAGAGAGUGUGUACAUUAUAUCAUUUUUUACAUAUUGUAUUUUAAUAUAUUCAAUAGCAUGCAAGACAUUUUGGCUGAUUAAUUUCAUGUUUUAAGUUGGUUGGUUAAAACUAUGCAAGUUUGCUAAUGAGAAACCGUAGUUCUAGAGGGGAAAGCUUAGUUCAGGACCGUAAUACCUCAAGGACUGCCUCUCUCCAUAUGAAGACCCGGACCCUGAGAUCAUCUUCUGGGGCACUUCUUUGCAUGCCUCUUCCUCAAGAGGGUGGCAACACGAGAGCAGGGCCUUCUCUGCAGUGGCUCCCUGUCUUUGGAAUGCUCUCUCCAGGGAGGUUUGCCUGGCGCCUUCAUUAUACACCUUUAGACGCCAGGCAAAAACGUUCCUCUUUAAAAAAGGUCUUUGGUUGAUUUGAUUGACAACCUAUGCCCUCUUAAAAUGCAUUAUUGGGUGGUGGUUGUUUUUAUUUCGAUUAUGUAGUUUGUGGUUUUACAUUCUGCUUUUAUCUUGUGAACCGCCCUGAGACCUUCAGGUAUAGGGUGGUAUAUAAAUUCAAUUAACAACAGCAACACUAGUAAUUCACAUGCAUGUGUCAUAGCAGGUAUAAUCGUGGAAGAGUCAUUUCCCUUCUCGUGAGGAAAAGCCUCUUUUAAGAUGGCACUGCCAUGCAUUAAUUUUAUAAGCAGUGACUAGACGGUGGGGGAACAUUUGAUUCGUUUUAAAGUGCUGAUAUACGAAUCUAACCAAUUAGCGGCCUCAACCCUCCAGCCCUAAAUGUGAUAUCUAUGUGUGCGCCUGUCGCCUUUGUGGAAGGGGAGAUGUUAAGGCAGCCCGGCGGUCUGGCUUGGCUCUCUACCAGCUGCAUGGCUCACAAGACAAAAGGGACAAGCCACGGGUCAGGGAAGAAGCAUGGGGGGGGGAAUAAGUGAGGGGGUGGCCUGACCUGCCUCCCAAUCUGAGCAACACAGCUGUCACUGCUUUGAGAGUCGGAUCGCGUGACUGCGUGCUGGCGGCCGCGCACCCAUGAAUGAGCUGCUUGUAUCCUUCCCAGCGUCGCUCGCUCUCUCGGCUUACCAAAGCCUCGCUGGGAGGAGGUUGUCAGAUGAGAAAGCUAACCCUGACUUUUAAUUGCUGCAUUGUAGUCUUGCCUCUGAAUAGUAGUGUGUUCCAAGAGCUGUGCAUAGGAAGCAAAUUGUGUACAGGGCCAAAGGGGCACACCCAGGAAGGUUCUUAAAGGCUUGCCCAGGGGUCAUUUUUUUUUUUGUGAACAGCUCUGCCAUUAGUUCCCAUGCCUAUGUUCAUGUUCUCUUAAAAACAACAGCCCUGCAGGCAUUCAUUCUGUUGCUUCGCCAUGUAGUGUGUGGAGGAGUAAUUCCGUGGGUGUGCGAUCCUUGCUCGUGUCCCUUAGAGGAAACUUCCAGGCAGUUGCAUCCUUUCCUUCGUUAUAUCCAGCACCUCAAUUGGUUACAAUAAGGGGGCAUGCAAGAUAGGAGCAGCCACUGCGGCACAGCUCAGAUUUAGGCAAUUGCGAUUACCUUUGUGGCAGAGUUAGAAGCCCUGCGCAUACCACCCGUACAGAAAUUGCACCUGCUGCUUUUCUUCCUGCCCCAAAUUUGAACGCUCAAGUUUGAACAGCUUGGUGCCCGAUCUCUGGGAGGUAGAGGGGCGAGGUUGCUGCAGCUGCAGACCCGCUGGCAGGGGCACCAGAGUGGUUCUGCCCAUGUGUUUGUUGCAUUGAAGCACCUCCACCUUGCCCCUCCCAAUAAGCAGCAGUAACACGUCCAGCUGGCGGUCAAGUGAGGGGGAAAUGGCCUCAGCAUACUGCCUGCAACUGUUGUUGCAAGUGACGUUCAAGUCCUCAUUUGCAGGACAGAUGGCUACCCCAAAAAGGGGGAGAAGUUGGGCCAAACUGCAGGGAUGAUCUUGUUAGCAACUGCAAAAGAAGGAAGCCGAAUUGAUGCUAGAACUUCUGGAGGGACACUUCUUGAAUUCGCAUGCCCAUCCAAUGGUUUUCCUUUUCCUUUUAGGUUUCGUAUGCCCGCCCAAGCUCUGAGGUUAUCAAAGACGCAAACCUGUACAUUAGCGGACUGCCGCGGACAAUGACACAGAAAGAUGUUGAGGACAUGUUUUCACGGUUUGGACGCAUUAUCAACUCGCGCGUGCUGGUUGACCAAACUACAGGUGUGAAAGGCGGCGAUGGUUUUGUUUUAGAAGCUUUGGCGUUUUGACUGGCUCCUUUUGCUCAAGAGUGGCUAUCACAUGUGUCACUUGGAAACUCUCCCACCCCUUUUUUGCCCCCCCCCCAUCCACUCUUACCUUAGGUAGCAGGGCAGUGUGGCUACAGUUUGUGGAGGUGGCCAGCACCCCAGCUCCCCUUAAUAAUUCACUCUGCUUGUGAGCACUUUCCCCGAGUGAUGACUCUCAUGAAAUACCAUCUCCAUGAUUGGAACAGAUUUGCUGUUUCUGAGAUCCCUCCAUUGGACGUAUAGAACAUGAACCUCCUUAAGGCGAUUUGCAUAGCUUUUGAACUCUUGUCCAGAUUAGGUGGUUGACCAAAUACGAUUCCACCCUCGCUCAACAAGCGCUUUGAUCUUGUUCGUUUUGGGAGCCCUUCUAAGAUCCUGAACAACAACAUGCGCUCUCUCUAGGAACUUGCCUCUGCCAAAGUCAAGUUAAGCGAGUGUUUUAUAUCUCCCAUUAAAGUCCACAAAGCGGGACAUUCUUAACAUUUCUGGUUGCAUAGAGAUUUCUGUAGCACUCUUCUAGCGCCUAUGCACUGCUCAGGGUGAAAACAUUUUAAAACCAUGUUAUAAAAUACUGUUAAGAAGGGCAUCAAAAGCACCGGCUGCCGAUAUAGAACAAGACAUUCAUGGAAGGUACUUAGGCAGUUGGAUUGUCUUUGCCUGCUGGCAAAAGACAGCCAGAUGGAGGUUGGAUUCUGUCCCCUCACCCCACCCCCCCGGUUGUUGUGCAGCCUUGUUCCAGGCAAUCUGGGCACAUUUGGGGGAGCGGAGGAGACGCACUGAACUCUGUGUUUUUGUCGCUUCGGUUUCAAGGUCUGUCCAGAGGGGUGGCGUUCAUCCGGUUUGACAAGCGCUCGGAAGCCGAAGAGGCCAUUUCGAACUUCAAUGGCCACAAGCCCCCCGGCUCCUCCGAACCGAUCACGGUGAAGUUCGCCGCCAACCCCAACCAGAACAAAAACGUAGCGCUGCUGUCGCAGCUGUACCACUCCCCGGCCAGACGAUUCGGGGGGCCCGUCCACCACCAGGCUCAGAGAUUCAGGUAGGUUAGGAAGAGCUGACAUGGUUGGAGGUCUGUGGUGUGUGUUGCUCUCUCUCUCUCUCUCUUCCUCUGCCUCUCUUGGUUUUUUUCGUUUUUUGUUUUGUUUUUUGUUUUAAAAUCAUUACUGCUCAUCACCAGGCGAAACACUUCCAGUAGAUAGUUAAAGGGAGAGGAGUAAAACACCGACAUAAAUGUUAAUCCGUUCCAAAAUUCUAGGGUUAACAGUAUGUGAAGAGCUUUUGUUCCGAUAAUUAGUCAAUAAAGACCACUUUUCUUGGAAUACUUCUUGUUGCCUACCUUCAUACAGCCUAAUCCUACUGUGUUUUAUCUAAUUAUAUUGCCCAGGGUAUUCCAUGCUAGCUAAGCCUUUAUAUCAGCCGUAGGUAGCGUUAUAUUGGAUAUCCCAAAAGGAGGGGUCGCAAUAGGAUUCAAUGUAAAAUUUGUAUCCAGUGAUUUCUGUUAUUACUUUAACCAACUCUUUCCCAAUAUUUCUUGACAGUUCACGUGGAACCCAUCAGCUUGGUCCCAAUUGCACCUCCAACUUCUUCCAUUAGAUUUUUUUUUUUUUAAAGUUCAUUCUGUAUAACUUUAGAGAGUUCUGAAAAAAAAAAAGAUCUUUCAAAAUUAAUGGCAGUUGAGUGCUUCUGUCCCCCCAAAUGAAUAUGUAUUCCCACGGUAUGUCAGUAAUCAUUGUUGAUGUCCAUUUCUUUUCUUAUUUCUGUUCCAUCAGAUUUCUCUCUUCUUAUCUCACUCCCUCCCCCCUCAAAAAAUAGAAUUUAAUUAAAUAGAGGAUUAAAAAGCCUUCCAGGUCCUCCCCGUCCCCACCCACCCCGGUUAAUAAAGAUUGAAAAUUUGUCUGUCUGAUCUGAUGCUUCACAACAGUGUGUCAAAAGAUGGCAUUUAAAAAAAAAAUUCUGCAAGAACGGGGUGGUCUGGUACUUGAUUGUAAUGAACUUAUUUCUCAUACGGUGCAAUUCUAGUACCGCUAAAACAGUAUUCUCAAGCAUGUAAAAACCUGUUCCUUCUCAUAGUCUAAAAUUGCCGAAGCAAGUUUUUUUUUGUUUUGUUUUGCUUAAAAGGUUUCUUGUCAUUUUAAAAACAACUUGUUCUUUUUAAUGGCCUUGUGCAACUGCACUUAAUGGGUUCCACACCUGCGCAGAGCCUCAUUCGGGAACAUUCUCAAGCUAGGCCUGAGUUGUUCUGCUGCUUGGUACUGCUUUUCUAACUAAAAAUAGUGCUCCAGGUAGUUUAUAGAAGUAAAAAAAAAAAAUACCUGUUGUAAGGCUGGGGGUGGAGGAGCAGGCAAUUUAAAUAAAACCAGAUUGCAGUAACCUCAGCUCUGGUUCCGAGAUCUAAAAUGCAUGCCCCGCAGUCCUGAUUACGGCUAAUAAGAGAGCAACAAAUACCUGCGAUCUUUUAAGAACCCUCCAAUGAACUUUGCCUGCCUGUGGGUUAGCACCCCAAAUAAAGCCGCAGGUUUGCAGGCAGUUGUUGCAGACUGGCAGUGAAAAAGCAAAAGCAAUGGUUUGUUCUGCAGUUGAGGUUAUAAUGCGCAUACCAUGCGGAACAGCGCUAAAAGGGAAGAGGGUGUGCAGUUAAGACACUUUCCCAGGAAACGUGUGUACGUGUCCUUUGUAAUAAAGUGUAUUAAUCUUAGACUUCCAACCUGAGGAAGCAAUACUGAGCACUUAAGUUAGAUCAGUACGUUUAAUUUUGGGGGAAGCAGGUUGGAGACAGGAAUGCGACUUAAUAAAGAAAAGUAGAAUGGAGACUCCUGCUCUCAUGAGAAAAGAUCACAUUGCUGCAUUGACAGAUAGGGACACCCUUGUCUGGCAAGGCAGGCGUAAUUAGGAAACCUUUCCCCAUCCCCUGCUUGCAACCCAAAUCCUUCAGUCCGUAGUUACUCGAAGAAAAGUCCAAAUUGGGCAUGCCACAUAACGGCAUUCCUUUACUAAUGCCCAAGCUCUCAUCUUUCCAAUAUUAGUUUUGUGUUUAAAAUAGAAAUAAAGGAGAGAUUCACACAGCCUAAGCCCGGAAUUUGAUGCACGCUUGCCAGGGAAGACGUUUCGUUGAAUUCGAAAUGCAUAAUAUUAUUGCGCUGCUUGCAUUGUAACUACUUUCUGCCUAAGACUGACCCUCUGAUUUCAGCCGCACUUAACUGCAGCAGAAUGAUGGACUGUGCCAGGUUACUAUGGCACAGACCACCCUGGGCAGUAACUUUUGCUACUUGAGAACCUAAGGCCUAGAUCUUUUUAAUAGCUGGGUUUGCCUUUCGCCCCAAAAGAAGCUGCUGGAGAAACAUAACUUCUUUUGCCUUGUGUAGUGUUAGGAAUUGGGAUUCUGUUCAGAUAUUUCUGAAACUUAAACUUACCAGCCAGGUCUAGGGAAUAACAUACUUUUAACAGGCUACAAACUCAUCCCUUGUACUGUGGUUUGUUUUUGUUUUUUAAUAGUUAUUUUUGUUUCCUUAAACCAUUCUUCAAACUUUUCCACUUUCAUUUCCCGUUCAGUUCUUACAAAAGCCAUCUAUUUGAUUACUGUUUUUGUUUUUAAAGUGUUCUCGACUCAUCGGUGUUCUUGCUUCUAAAAAAAGAUAGUGCUUGAAAAGUUCCAUUUCUUAAAUAGCAGAUAAGAUUUUCAGCCAUUCUUCUCGUUGCAUAAUUACAAGAUUGAUAAGCUCCCCCUAUUGAUAAAUGUUUCCUAUAUUGAUGAUAUAUACAUAUAUUAUUAUUUUUUCUGUCUAACACUAGUUUCAUAAAUUUAGCUGCUACUUUUUACUUGCUGACCAAUUUAAUAUGUGCUUUAUUUGCAUCUGUUCCUGAUCCAAAAGACCUAAGUCGAUCUAAGAAACAAAAUUAAGUCCCUUGAAUAGAAUAGAUUAUAUAGAGUAUAUAAUCUCUUAUCUCAAGGUUCGAUAGCCUUCACCUUGUCUUUGAAACUUCACAAUAAUGGAUACAGUCAUCUCUACCAUACAUAAUACCCCUUGAAGGUUUUUCUAUCACUUUCUCAUUUGGCAAAACCUGUUGCACCAGCCCUAGCGUGCAACAGUGCAGUUCUGCAGUCCAGAACGGGAUUGCAGUUCCCUCAGUUUCUCCUUUAUGUUGUCAUUGAUCACAAGCCUCAUUUGGGAGAAAAAUAAAUAAAUCCUCAACUUGGAGCUGGCUGUCUCCUUGCAUAAGCUGGAGAGCAGACACAUAGGCGAAGCUGCCACCUAGUCUAGCACUGUCUACUCUGACUGGCAGUGGCUGUAGCAGAGAGGGACCACGUCUAGCUCUUGCUACCUGAGUUAACUGGGAAAUUGACCCUGAAACCCAGUGUGUUCGAAGCAUGCAGUGCUGGCCAUCUCUCCCCCCCCCCCCCCAUUUAACCACAUCCUAGUGCAAAUGAGAGCAGUUUCUGCGUCUAGCCCCCUUUGCACACCAGAGUAAUUGAGGAAGGGGACGGAUAGCAAGUACAAACAGGCUGGCUAUGAGCCAAUUUCUGUUUGUGGGCCUCUCGAUGUGGCUGCUCUUGGACUUCCUGGGAAUCUUAUUCAUGGUUGCUGGUCUUCUUGAGGAGCCAUGAAAAUCUUUAAAGCGGCGCCGGGCGUCCUUCGGAGCACAGUGUGAGAAUUUGCUUUUACCCUGUCAAAAAGUCCCACAGAAAUACUAGCAGUUCCUUAAUUGUUGAUAAAGUACUAUUCACUAAAGUUCAAGCCCGUAAUGUGGGCCAAGUCCUACAACCUGUAAGUUUCGUACAGAAAAGACAAAUCACGUAAUAAUCCAGGCAAGUCACUCCUUCUGUUGAGUGGGUAAUGAGCUAGCAAGAUCUCUCACGCCUCUUAGCCUGCUGAGUCCCACCCAGCACCACUAAAUCAGCUACUUUUUAAAAACCCUUUUAAAAACCAUUAAUACGUAGUUCAUUCUUCAAAAGACUUAAUAGCAGCAGUUAAUAAGCAACAGUUCAGUUCAUAACUUGCUCUGUUUGGGGUAUAAUUUGCCCCCUGGAAAGCUAGUUAUAUCCUCUGUAUCUACAGCAGUUGCCUUGUGAGAACCUCAUUUACCACAAGUUAGGCAUACACACACACUUUUGAAAACAAAAGAAAACACUAGUCGUGUUGUCAAGAUGGCCCUCUCCUAAUUUACUGUUCCUCUGGUUUUUUGGAUUUCUUAUUUCACUUGCUUAUGUGUCCUUUUUUGUUGGUUGUUUUUUUUUUAAAGUCCUUACUCAUUUUUCACACGAUGCUUGUUGUAAACUCCUUCUUAGUAGUUGCUUCUUCAGUGAAUCCCUUGCAUGUUUUUCUUUUUAAUUUCUCCAAAAGUGUAGAGUCAGAUGGGUAUCUUUCAGAAUUCUUGUCGUAGAAUUCUUGUCACAUGUUAAAUAAAUACAUGUUCUUCUAUCUGCCUGUACUCAGCCUCUUCCAUGUAAGAUGAUGGUCCCCACCCCCCGAAAAAACAAGACAACAACCCGUGUUAAUGUUUCUCACAGUACUACAGCCCUAAACGUUGACUGUAACUGGCUUGGGGUCGGAACCAGUGGCUCAAUUCAGAUGAUAUGUCAAGCUAUGGUGUGGCAGGGCCCAGAACGAAACGCUUUUAAACGCAACCUUCCCUUUCUCGUGUUUGCCAUGAUGUCUGAAUCUGGGGGGCGGUGGUUAGAGCUUUCCUCCUGAGCUUCGUUCUGAAAUGCCUAUUUCUGGUUUUGGAGGGGAAGCGCUCACCACAGCCUGUCGGCGUCAGUGUAUCCACACGUCAUGGCUAACCCAGACGGGAAACAGAAGGGAAUCCGCCCAAGGGAGAGGAGAAGGGAUCGUGUCUAUCGGUGGCUCAGUCGCAAUCCUCCAGACUGGAGGAUCAUCUGAACUGAUCCUUAGCGGCAAACGGUGGCCAUAUUGUAUGGGCCUGGUGCCUUGAAUAAUCACUUGGCUAAACAAUUCUCUAUGCUCCUCUUAAGAACAAAGUGUGUAGCAAUGCCCCCCCCCCAAAAAAAAACCCCUGCAGUGCUACUCUUCCACAACCAAAUAGUUGCUAGCUGCUGCGCCCUUUGGUUUUGCUUCAUAAAGGAUGCAUUGUUUUGCCUUGUCAGAAAAAGCAGUCCUACAUAACCUGUUUUUGUUUUUAGAAAAGCACACAGUGAUCAUAUGCUCUGCAGGUUCAGGUGGUCAAGCCCAGGGGGGUCACUUUGCAGAUAACCUAGGCCACCGAGAGGGAGGGAGAAUAAGUAGCGGGGAGAAAGUCACGGACGAACUGAAAGGGGAACGAGCCCUUUGUGCUGUGUGCUAGAAAGAUGCCAGGCCAACAGCAGAGAGUUUCCUUUCACGUUAUUGGGAACGGGGUGGCGAGUACGGCAGAGUUGCUAGGGAACGAGGAUGAGAGCCUUAAUAUCUCCCUGUGCAUCCAGCUCCACUUGCCUCAUUCCCGACUACUGAACACUCUGAACCAAGAGGUCACUUGGCUCAAAUGGCAGAUCUAAGUCGUAGAAAUGUAUGAUGUAGAAGGGGCCAGAAAGCCCGCCCAAAGCCCUUUUGCCCAAUAUCGAGUGCUCCUUGUGGGCCCUUUCAGAAUGCCACUUGAGGAGACAGGCCGCUGGGGUCCCGCAGGGGGCAAGGCACAAGCCCUUUGCCAAGGGUGCAUCCGCAUCAGCCUCUGACCUCGCUGACAGGACAGGAAGCCUGACAAUGCGCAGGGCACAGCCUCCGAAAAAUGUCUGUGCAAGCCCUGCCGGUGUGGGUGGUAGCAGCUUGAGUGCAAUUUGUGCCCAGCCCGCUCUGGUUCAUUUUGCUGGGACCUGCGCAGGACACAUUCCUGGUAGAUCGAUGGCUUUCAGCCUGGCAAAUUCUAGAGGGGCAGCUGCCUCUGUCUGUUGCAGUAAAACACAGCAGAGGGACUGGCGGCAUCGUUAAGAUGACAAGUAAAUUUACCACGGCCGGGCUUUGGUGGACUAGAGCCGCUGCUUCAUCAGAUGCAUAACAAGAUGCAAACAAGUCAUGAAAUACAUGGGGCAGAAGCAAAAGUACGGGUGUUUAGGCGAAGAAUAAAGUGGCCCAUUUAUAAAACAGCAAAUCUUGGUUAUGUUGGCAGCCUGCAAUGCUAACUGAAUGCCUGUAACACGAAAGAGAUCUAUGGCCCCAAUUUGAAUCGUGGAUUUCCAUCGUGUGGUCCUAGGAUUGUGGGUUUCACAAUCAGGAUUGUGGGUCUCUUUCACACUUCUAGCAUAAUGUAGCUCUGUGUGUGAGAGAGGGAAUUCCUUGGUCGACUGUGGACAACACCUCCUAACCCCAUCUUUUUAGAGAAAAUGUUUUUAGAAAAAGCGUAAGGUUCUUAUUUCAGGCCACUUUUUAAUUCAUUGCUUUUUUAUGUACUGCUUUUAUUCAAUGUCUUUAUAUUAAUUAUUGCUGCCCAAUCUUUUUUGGUGGGGGGGGGGGUGUAGCCUGGUUUUUAACCAAUGCCUCUGUGUUUUGAUGUUUCACAGUUAUGAAUGAUUAUACAGUGGAGCCUCGGUUGUCGAACGUAAUCCAUUCCGGAAGACCGUUUGACUUCCGAAACGUUCGAGGAGCAAUGAGCAGCCGGCCAAAUCCACUGAGAAAAUUUAAAAACAUGCAGCGGAAGCCGUUCGACUUCUGAGGCGCGUUCGAAAACGGAAGCAAUUACUUCCGGGUUUUUGGCGUUGGGCUUCUGAGGCGCUCGAAAACCGAGGUUCCACUGUAUCCCUAAAAGGGCUGCAUGUAAACGGGUUAAACCGAAGUAAAAGCAAACAAAUAAUUUUUUUUAAAAACCGCGCAUCUGACGAAGCAGGGCCUAGUCCACGAAACGCUGAGGCCGCACCAAAUCCGACAGCCUUUAAGGCGUCCCAGGGAGACUCUGUCUUCUUGCCAAAACGCAGCGCCCAGGUGCUCUGAAUUCUGUCCCCUCCCCGCCCAGCGCUCCUAACCUUUUAAUUCCCCCGAUGAGCUUCUCUUUUUUUUUUGAACUUGAUUGAAACUGACUUUUUUUGUUUUGUUGUUUUGUUUACAUGAACUAUUUUAUGUCCUUUUUUAUUUGGUAGGUUCUCUCCUAUGGGUGUAGAUCACAUGAGUGGGCUUUCUGGUGUAAAUGUCCCAGGAAACUCCUCUUCGGGAUGGUGCAUCUUCAUCUACAACCUCGGCCAAGAUGCCGAUGAGGGAAUCCUCUGGCAGAUGUUUGGCCCCUUUGGCGCGGUGACUAAUGUCAAAGUCAUCCGCGACUUCAACACCAACAAGUGCAAAGGCUUUGGCUUUGUGACAAUGACAAACUAUGAAGAAGCCGCCAUGGCCAUAGCGAGUCUUAACGGCUACCGGCUGGGGGACAAAAUCUUGCAGGUUUCCUUCAAAACCAACAAAUCCCACAAAUAA